CCUUCCAAUAUGUGUGCAUGAAUAAACUAAACUGAUAGCCUUUCUUAUUUGUCAAGAGUGUGUCCUUCCAAGCUCUGAUCAUUCUCUCAAAUGGCCACCAUCAGCGCUUGCACCACAACUUCUUCAGUGGCACGUGCCGCCCUCGUGCAAAAGGGGUCUGUAUCCCGCCCCUCAUCUGUUCUUGGAUUGCCAUCGAUGAGCAAGGUUGGAAAGGUGAGAUGCUCAAUGGAGGGAAAGCCAAAGGCAGAAUCAAAGUUGGGAAUGGGAGAAUCAUUGAUGGCAGCAGCAGUAGCAGCAAGCAUGUCAAACCCAGCAGCGAUGGCUCUUGUGGAUGAAAGAAUGAGCACUGAAGGAACUGGGCUUCCAUUUGGGCUUAGCAACAACCUUCUUGGUUGGAUCCUUUUUGGUGUCUUUGGUUUGAUUUGGUCUCUCUACACUGUUUACACUUCUGGCCUUGAUGAGGAUGAAGAAUCUGGAUUGUCCCUUUAAGCUUAAUUAAUUAGCUCCUUUAAAUUGUUGUGUAUUAUGUGAUACUAUAAUCAAUUUAAGUACUUAUUUUGAUGUUGUA